UCUGGCUCCUCCGGAUCCGGAUAUCUUAAUUUUUUAGUCCGCAUAUCCGGAUCAGUAAUUUUUAUUGAUAAUUAUUUCAAAUAUAGUAAUAUAUAUAUAUAAAUUUUAUAUAAAUUUGUAAUAGUACAUAUAGAAAUAAUGAAAUAAAUAUAUACAUUUUUUAUUAUUGUUUAUAUUUUAAUUCCAUCUUUAUUAAUUUUAAGGAUCUAAAUCGGGUUCUGGAUAUCCGCAGGAUAUUUUAAUUUCAGAAGGAUAUCAAAUACCCGGAUAUCCGGGAACCCAGGAUCCGAAUAAAGAUAAUAAAAACACGGAUCCGCCGGAUAAGGAUCCAAAUAUCCCCCAGAUACAUGAUCUGUCCCAGUCCCCCCAUCAAAUUUCCUUGUAAUUUUUCUAAACUCCAAUGAAGCAAGUCAUUAACAUAUACUCCAACUUUAUUUGGGUGAAUAAGAGUGAAGGAAACUUUGUUUAUGUUUUCUGUUAUUCUAAAUUGUAAAAUCAAUAUUUUGUAUCUUAUUUAAAUCUGUCAACAUGAAGUAAAUAUGUGUCAAAAAUAAAAAAAAUCUAAAGAAACAUAAUUAAAGUAAAUGUAUGAACAAAGAAAAUAAAUCUAUGAAUGAUGUAUAAAUCUAUUAAAAUUAAAUAAAUAUGUGGGCCACAAACUAAAUCUGUCGAAUCAUCAUUAAAUCUGUUAUUAUUAAAAAAAAAAAUUGUUGUUAAAACAUGACAAAAUGUUUUAAGAAAAAUUGUCAAAUUUCAGUAAAUUUGUGACCAAAGAGAAAGAAAUCUGUCAAAUAAAAGUUUGUUGCUAUAUAAAACAUAAAAAAGUGUGUUCAAUGGCAUAAUUGUAAAUACUUUUUGUAUCGAAGAUAGUAAGGGGAAAAUAAGUAUCAAAACAAACUAGUAAUUAAACUAAAAUUAGUGUUAAUCUAGUAAUAACUCUUAUUUCUUAUGUAAUUACUAGACUAAUUUAUUAAUAGUGAUGAUAUCAACAUGCUUUAAGUUGGCAUGAGAUUUCUAAAUUAUGAAGACAUUUAAUUGGUUAUUUUUUUGAAAGUGAAAACUAUAAAGCCUGAGGCUCCUUCAUUUGAUUCCAACAAAAUUUAUACUAACAUCUUCCAAGAAAGACAUUUGUGACUAAUCAUAACGAUGUCGAUAGAGAAAAAGGCGAUGCAGCGGAUUGAGAAGGAGUUCAAGGAUAUGACUUCGAAAGACUCCUUGUACAGCAUCGGUAGAGACUCGAACAAUUUGUUCAAAUGGAAUGCGAUGAUUCAAGGUCCAGAGGGUACUCCGUACGCCGGUGGCAUGUUUAGCAUCGACAUUAAAUUUCCUAAAAAUUAUCCUUUUACAGCACCCAAGUUUACGUUCAAAACUCGGAUAUAUCAUCCAAAUAUCAAUUCCGAGGGAUCCAUAUGCCUUGAUAUUCUUAAAGACAAAUGGUCUCCCCCGCUUACGGUUGAAAAGGUGCUUUUAUCCAUCACUUCGUUAUUGGCGGACCCAAACCCAGAUGAUCCUCUGGUGGGAGAAAUUGGAGAGCUCUUCAAAAGUAACAACUUUCUAUUUAACCAGAGAGCUCGAGAAUGGACUGAACGACAUGCUUAAAUAUUAAAAGUUGUUUUAAGAAAAGUAGUAGUUUUUAUGAAUAAAAAUAAGAAGAUUAAUAGCUGUUUUUCUUUUUCAAAUUAAUCAUACAAAUAGUUACCAACAGCUUUGAGUGAUAUGUUAUUGUGGACUUCUUAUAUAUUAUAAAAAGUUAUAAGCA